AUGAAUGAUGUCGCGUACAACGCUCAGUUUAUGGACAAACCUCUUAUGUACGGUCUAAUUGACGUAGAUGCUGUAGAUUUGUCACGUGAUGAGGAGCUUCCUAUACGGGUGACUUGUUGUGAUGAAUCGUCUGAGUUGAGUAAGGGGAUGCUAUUCGAGUCGAAUGAUCAGUUGAUAGUCACAGUUUCUUCUAUCAAUGAUGGCACUAACAAAAAGAGACAACGUAGAAAGACAUCAGCUGCUUGGGAUGAAUUCUAUUUGUUACCUAUAGAUGUUGAUGGAAAACAGAAGGCAAAAUGUAAAAAAUGUGGGGCUGAAUAUGUUGCUAAUGCUUCAACCCAUGGGACGGCAAAUUUGAGACGCCACAUUAAUAAUUGUCCAUUACGUGAUAACUAUGAUGUGAAGCAGAUGCACAUGGAUUAUGGAACCAAACUUCAUGCGAAAAAAAUUGAGCAAGAUGUUUAUCGUGAGAAGAUGGCAAUUGCUGUAAUAAAACAUUGUUAUACUUUUUCAUGGGUUGAGCAUGAAGGAAAUCGAGAUGUGCAUAAAUAUCUUAAUCCUGAUGUUAAACCAAUUGCUAGGAACACUGCUAAAGCUGAUGUAUUGAAAAUACAUAAAAGGGAGAAGGAGAAACUUAAACUUACACUACAGAGUGCUUUUGGUAGAGUGUGUUUGACUUCUGAUUGUUGGUCUUCUCCUACGACUGAAGGAUAUUUAUGCAUUACAGUUCAUUUUGUGGAUGAAAAUUGGAUAUUGCAUAGUAAGAUUAUUAACUUUUCUCACAUGCCACCCCCACAUUCAGGAGUUGCUUUGUUAGAAAAAACAUUUAGUGUAUUGAAGGAAUGGGGUAUUGAUAGGAAGAUAUUUUCCAUCACAUUGGAUAAUGCAACUGCUAAUGAUAGUAUGCAAGAUAUUCUUUCAAGUCAAUUGUCUUUGCAAGCACCUUUAGUAAGUGGCGGUGAAUAUUUUCAUGUAAGGUGUUGUGCUCAUAUUUUGAAUCUUAUUGUUCAAGAAGGUUUAAAAGUGAUUGAACGUGUUGUGUAUAACAUUAGGGAAAGUGUCAAGUACAUUGAGGGUUCAGAAGGAAGAAAACUUAAGUUUGAAGAGUGCAUUAAACGAGUUGGUAUACUUGCUUCAAUCAGUUUGCGCUUGGAUGUACCAACUAGGUGGAAUUCAACUUUCAUGAUGAUAGAAAGUGCACUCAUAUAUCGACGGGCUUUAAUUCAUUAUGCUUUACUUGAUGCAAAUUAUAAGUAUUGUCCGUCAAAUGAAGAGUGGAAUAGAGCUGAGGUCAUUUGCAAUUUCUUGAAGCCAUUUUACGACAUGACAAAACUCUUCUUGGGUUCGGAUUAUCCUACAUCUAAUUUGUAUUUUUCAAAUAUAUGGAAAAUUCAAUUGCAUUUACUUGAAACAAUGGAAAAUUCGGACUGCAUUGUUAAUGGUAUGGCUGCAAAAAUGAAAGAGAAGUUCGAUAAAUAUUGGAAGUGUUAUAGUGUUGUUUUGGCAUUUGCAAUUGUUCUUGAUCCUUGUUACAAGCUUCAAUUUGUCGAGUUUUGUUACUCAAAGAUUGAUUCAUCCACUUCUCGGCAAAAGUUAAAUCUCCUUCGUCAAAAGUUGUACUCUUUAUUCCAAGAUUAUGCAAACAAAUCAAAAAAUUCUUUGGAAUCUACUGCUCCAUCUACUGGGGGUACUGGUGGUAGUGACAAUCUCAUUAGAGAUGAGCUUUCGGAAUUUGAAUUUUAUGAAAGCCAAUAUUGUGCUACUACAGAAAAAUCUCAGUUAGAUUUAUAUUUGGAAGAGCCUAGGCUAAAUCGUGUGGAACAUGCUGAAAUGGAUAUAUUGCGGUAUUGGAAAGAUAAUCGAUUUCGAUAUCCUGAUUUAUCUCUUAUGGCGCGUGAUGUACUUACUAUUCCUAUCACAAGCGUUGCAUCAGAAUCUGCAUUCAGCAUUGGAGCCCAGGUUCUUAACAAAUAUCGAAGAUCACUUUUGCCGGAAAAUGCAGGAGCAUUGAUAACAACUCGAAAUUGGUUGUUUGUGGAUCCAAGUGAAAAAAGAGAAGAAGCUGAACAAUUAGAAGUCAAAUUUGAAAAUCUUUUGAUUAAUGAUUUGGGAGAAGCUUCGACAAACAAUCAUGGCUAA